UGAAAAAUGGAAAGCCCGGAGGCGGAGAAGUAAAAUGAACCUUUGGUUGGUGUGUCUUGGGAUUCAAUUUCGGAAUAUUGUCUACAGAUAAAUGCAUUUUUAAUAUUUUAAAAAAGCCAUACAGUAUUAAAGAAUACCAGAAAAGCAUUAUGGCCUCCUCCUCUUACGCGUCUACAGAGGAGACGACAAAUGCCUGUAGAGCCUGUCGGCUUCUCCUUGGUCCAUGUACUGAUGAACUACGUGAUGUUUUACGUCAUUAUGUACCACCGUCAACAUUCCCACACGUCAUUAAAAUAAAGAGGAGUAAUCUUCCCCGUCUGACAGCUCAACAGAUGAAUCUUAUUUUACCUAGAGGUAGUACUUAUACAGGAAACUAUGGUGACAUGGACAUUUCCUUAUUGUACAUACUACUGAGGAAUAUUUGUGGUAUACCACCACACAGCAAUGGCUGGGGAUUUGAUCCAGACCCUACAGAUCGAUCUCUCUCUGCCAAUAUUGAGAGAAUACGUAUUGCCAGAAAUCAGUGUGUACAUUCUUCUAGUCCUUUCCUCUCCAAUGCCGAUUUCAACACAAUCUGGUCCACUGUCAGAUCAGCAGUUGUGGAAAUUGAUUCUUUCCUUGGCAAUGGAAACAAAUUUGAAAAAGCAGUGGACUUUCUGAGACAGGAGACAAUGGACCCUCUCAGUGAUUGUCGUUACAUAGAAGAACUGAGAAAACAGGCUGAAGAAGAUGCAGAAAUUAGAGAAAUUGUUCAAGGCCUGAAACAAAAAUUAGAAGAGAAUGAAAGGGACAGAAAUGAGAAUCACAAUAAAAUACUAAAGAUUGUUGAAAAAUUAGGAGAGAGUGAAACAGACAGAAAAGAAAAUCACAAUAAAAUACUGAAAAUUGUUGAUGAAAUAAGAAAACCAAAGUCUGUAAUCCCUCCACAUGUCAAAGAUGUUUUUGAAAAAGAUGUCAUACGAUGGAAAGAGGAAGAUGCGGUUUACAGUGAAAGCCACGGGUUCCCUGCAAUGUUGGAUCAAGUCAGAAGUCAACCUUACAUGACAUUUGUUGGUGUCCCAGGAUCAGGAAAAUCGGCAACGAUUCAUCACAUAGCCCUGAUACUCCAGAAGGAAGAGUAUGAGGUUGUACCUAUUAUAGACAUCAGGAAGAUUGAAGAUUACUCUGACUCUCGUCAUCCACAGGUUUUUGUCAUUGAUGAUGUGGUAGGUGUUAUGGGUCUGCAAAAACAAAAGUUAGAGUCAUUGAUAGACUAUGAAAGAACAAUUUCAAAUCCCUCCAAUAGAAAUACAAAAGUACUAAUGUCAUGUCGGGAAGCAGUUAUUAAUGAAUGUUUCCAAUCAUUUUUUUCAAAUGAGAAAAACAUAAUCAAGAUACAUAGGUCAGAAAAUGCAUUGAAUGAUGAAGACAAAAUAUCAAUCCUUCAGAAACACGGCUUAGAUAGAGAUCUUUUGUCCCCCACAUUACUGAGAGAAACAUUAGAUAUGUUUCCGCUAUUGUGUAAAUUAUACUCAAAAGAAGAGAAAUUUAGAGACAAUGUUCAAAGGUUCUUUACCUGUCCAGCUGAGUGUAUUUUAGAAGAAUUUGAUAAAAUGCAAAAGCAAAAUAGUUUAUGCUAUGCUACAUUGGUCUUGUGUAUGUUGAAUGAAAAAAAGUUAUCAAAAGUAAUAUUGAAAAACACAGGAAACAAUGUUUUCCUGGAUAUGAAAUCAAAACUACUAGAAAGUUGUGAAGUUGAAAGUAACACUGAUGCAUUUAAAUUUGUUAAAGCAUUGGCAGCUAUGGAGGGUACAUACACAAAACUCUGUGGUACUGAGUACACCAUUAUUCAUGACUCUGUCUUUGAAAUCCUUGCAUAUCAUUAUGGAUGUCAGUUUCCAGAUCUUUUGUUGCAAUAUAUUAGCAGUAGUUACAUUGCUAAUAACGUGAAAGUACAAGAAUGUAAAGAAGAGUCAGAGGUUGAAUAUAAGCAAGAUGAAAAUGAAGAAUUUAGUGCUGAGGAGCAGGAAACAUUAAGUAGUGAAACAAUCCAGGACUCAUUUGAACUCUGCAUAAGGUUAAGAGAGGAUCAGUACCCAAUGUUAGCAGAGCGUUUGUACAGAGAUAUAGAAAAUAUGGAGCUGUAUGAUGUUUUUAUGAAUAAUGUUUUGAAACAUCCUAAGGUAUGUCAGGCUUUUAUUGAGGUGUUUAAGACCAAGUCUUACACAGAGUUGAAGUCUUUGUUUCUGUCAAAACAGAAAGACGUGUCUAAGGUAGUGAGUAAAGGAAAGCGUGUGAGUGAGGAGAGUGAGAAGAGGGAUGAGAGGAGCGGGGAAUGGCGCAGACAUAUAAUGUUAGUGAUUGAGAAUUAUGAUUAUUUAGAAAUAACAUACAGUGUGAGGGUUAUCAGCUGGGUAGUUUGUUAUGGACACAGUCAGAUCUUACAAUAUAUUUUAGAACAAACUGAAUUACACAAAGAAACAGAGAUUGAACUAUUUUGGAAUUCCUUUAGCCCCAAAUUAAUCUAUGAAGCCAACGAGAGACGAAAUAACUCUGAAAAAGAUAAUGCCACAGACAAAUUAUUUUUUUUGAACUCCAUUACUGAUACAAGAAAUCAAAAACAGAAAAACAGUCAGUCUAUUCCCGAACAUGACCGCUUAUUUGUAUUGAGUUGUUACAGUGGAGAUUUAGAGACUGUAAGAAUAUUAAUUAAGUAUAUCGAUUUAAAACAAACAAAUUCAAAUGUGAAAUAUUUAUUUCCUGAUACACCACUGACAGCAGCAUGUAAGGGUGGACAUAUGAGUGUAGUGAAGGAGCUUAUAGAAGCCGGAGCUGAUAUCAAUCUACCAGGUUACCAUGAUACACCACUGACAGCAGCAUGUCAUGGUGGACAUAUGAGUUUAGUGAAGGAGCUAAUAGAAGCCGGAGCUGAUAUCAAUCAACAAGGUAGGUAUGAUACACCACUGACAGCAGCAUGUGGGCGUGGACAUAUGAGUGUAGUGAAGGAGCUUAUAGAAGCCGGAGCUGAUAUCAAUCAAAAAGGUGAGGUUCAUAAACCACUGACAGCAGCAUGUAAGGGUGGACAUAUGAGUGUAGUGAAGGAGCUUAUAGAAGCCGGAGCUGAGAUCAAUCAGCAAGAUAGAUGUUAUUCACCCCUGACAGCAGCAUGUGGGCGUGGACAUAUGAGUGUAGUGAAGGAGCUUAUAGAAGCCGGAGCUGAUAUCAAUCAACAAGGUGGGUUUCAUACACCACUGACAGCAGCAUGUAUUCUUGGACAUAUGAGUGUAGUGAAGGAGCUUAUAGUAGCCGGAGCUGUUAUCAAUCAACAAGGUGAGGUUCAUACACCACUGACAGCAGCAUUUCAAGGUGGACAUAUGAGUAUAAUGAAAGAGCUUAUAGGAGCUGGAGCUGAUAUCAAUCAGCAAAGUGGGAUGCAUACACCACUGACAGCAGCAUGUCAAGGUGGACAUAUGAGUUUAGUGAAGGAGCUUAUAGAAGCAGGAGCUGAUAUCAAUCAAAAAGGUGAGGUUCAUACACCACUGACAGCAGCAUGUGAGGGUGGACAUAUGAGUUUAGUGAAGGAGCUAAUAGAAGCCGGAGCUGAUAUCAAUCCUAAAGGUAAGUAUUAUACACCACUGACAGCAGCAUGUAAGGGUGGACAUAAGAGUGUAGUGAAGGAACUUGUAGAAGCUGGAGCUGAUAUAAAUCAACAAGGUGAGUAUGAUACACCACUGACAGCAGCAUGUGAGGGUGGACAUUUGAGUGUAGUGAAUGAACUUAUAGAAGCCGGAGCUGAUAUCAAUCCACAAGGAAAGAAUAAAACACCACUGACGGCAGCAUUUAAGGGUGGAUAUAUGAGUCUAGUGAAGCAGCUUAUAGAAGCCGGAAGUGAUAUCAAUCCUCAAGGCACGUUUGAAACACCACUGACUGCAGCAUGUAAGGGUGGACAUAUGAGUGUAGUGAAGGAGCUUAUAGAAGCCGGAGCUGAUAUCAAUCAGCAAGGUAUGUUUGAUACACCACUGACAGCAGCAUGUCAUGGUGGACAUAUGAGUGUAGUGAAGGAGCUUAUAGGAGCGGGAGCUGAUAUCAAUCUACAAGGUAUGUUUGAUACACCACUGACAGCAGCAUGUGAGGGUGGACAUACCAGUGUAGUGAAGGAGCUAAUAGAAGCCGGAGCUGAUAUCAAUCAGCAAGAUAGUUGUGAUACACCACUGACAGCAGCAUGUAAGGGUGGACAUAUGAGUGUAGUGAAGGAGCUUAUAGAAGCCGGAGCUGAUAUCAAUCAGCAAGGUAUGUUUGAUACACCACUGACAGCAGCAUGUGAGGGUGGACAUAUGAGUAUAGUGAAGGAGCUAAUAGAAACCGGAGCUGAUGUCAAUCAGCAAGGUGAGUGUGAUACACCACUGACAGCAGCAUGUGAGGGGGGACAUAUGAGUAUAGUGAAGGAGCUUAUAGAAGCCGGAGCUGAGAUCAAUCAACAUGGUAAGUUUGAUUCACCACUGACAGCAGCAUGUACAGAAGGAAACAUAAGUGUAGUUAAAGUGCUUAUAGAAGCCGGAGCUGAUAUCGAUCAGCAAGCUGGAGAUGAUACACCCCUGACAGCAGCAUGUAAGGGUGGACAUAUGAGUGUAGUGAAGGAGCUUGUAGAAGGCGGAGCUGAUAUCAAUCAGAAAGGGAAGUAUGAUACACCAAUGACAGCAGCAUCUAAGGGAGGAUAUAUGAGUGUAGUGAGGGAGCUCAUAGAAGCCGGAGCUAAUAACAUCAGUCAGAUAAGUCAGAAACACCUAUGACAACAGCGGAUGAGGGUGAGAUGUUAUGAAUACUUACUAGAGGUUUAAUAUUUGAAGGAACAGACUGCUAC